AUCUGAUCUGAGUUCCGUCAGUUUGGGCGAGAGGAUCACAGCUUUCCGCGACACGCUGUUUGUUUGUUUGUUUGUUUGUUUGCUUGUUUGUUUUUGCUGGUUGUUUGUCUGUUGUGUGGUUUGAUGACGUCACAGUGACGCUGCAGACCGCUUAACCGGAACCUGUAGGAUUUUAAAAGAUUCCCGGAGCACCAGAAAGUAGGACCAGGUGAUCCCAGUGAUCCCAGUGAUCCCAGUGUAAACCCAGACCCCAUCAUGAGCAUCCAGCCCCGCAGGAUCCGUCUGAAGCCCUGGCUGUUGGCCCAGGUGAACAGCGGCAGGUAUCCUGGUCUACAGUGGCUCAGUCCAGACCAUCGACUUUUCCAGAUCCCGUGGAAACACGCGACGCGCCACACGCCUUCAUCAGAGGAAGAAAACACCAUCUUCAAGGCGUGGGCGUUGGAGACAGGUAAGUAUCAGGACGGCGUGGACGAACCCGACCCGGCCAAGUGGAAGGCAAACCUGCGCUGCGCUCUCAACAAGAGCCGCGAGUUUCAGCUGAAAUACGACGGCACCAAAGAGACGCCGGUCCGACCGUUCAAGAUCUACGAGGUGUGCGAGCAGCUGGGGAGCACAGACGGCGCUGAUGACGAGGAGGAGGAGAUGCCGAACCUGAUGGAGCUGACGAUCAACCCCAGGACCAGUGACCCCGCCUCCUUUACCAUCCCAGCUCUGCCCGACACUUCAUUCAGUAUGACCUCCAACGGGACGUUUAGACCUCCGCAUGUGACCCCCGACCUCCCCAUGGCCCCUGACCUCCACGUGACUUCUGACCUCCAGGUGGAUCCUCUGCCCUUCGUACAUCCUUCAGGACUCACUGUGGGACUCCAGGACCUGGACUCUCUGCCCCCCGAAGCCAUCUCCAUGGAGACCAGCAGCAUCCAGAACCAGGGCGACGCCGCGAACCACCAACCUGCCAAGUAUGACCUGCUGAGCAGCGUGCCCUUAACAGAUCUGGAUCUGAAGUUCCAGUACCGCGGCCGUACGGCGGGCUCUCUGACGGUCAGUAACCCUCAGGGCUGCCGGUUGUACUUUGGACACCUGGAGCCAAACCCAGAGCAGGUGGACCUGUUUGGACCCGUCUCCCUGCAGCAGGUGCGUUUCCCGGGGUCGUCUGAGAUCCAGAACCAGAAGCAGCGGUUCUACACGGAGGCCCUGCUGGACGUGAUGGACCGCGGUCUCAUCCUGGAGAUCUUGGAGCAAGACAUCUACGCCGUCCGCCUCUGUCAGUGUAAAGUGUUCUGGUCUGGACCGGGCACGCUGGAACACGGUCCACCGAACCCCCUGGAGAGAGAGAAGAAGAUCAAGGUGUUCAGCCUCAACGAGUUCCUGCAAGAACUGAUCCUGUUCCAUAAGGGGGAGACUCAGAGCCCACCCCCCUUUGAGAUCUCCUUCUGUUUUGGGGAGGACUGGCCUGACAAGAAACCCAGAGAAAAGAAACUCAUCAUGGUCCAGGUGGUUCCUGUGGUGGCUCGGAUCCUGACGGAGAUGUUCUCUGGAGAGCUGAGCUGGUCCACAGACAGCAUCCGGCUUCAGAUCUCAAACCCGGACGUGAAGGACCAGACCGUGGAGCAGUUCAAGGAGCUGCAGAGACUCCUGCAGAGCCAGCACAUCCAGGGACCCUGGACCCCCGCCAUCCAUUGAACACCUGGACCCUGUUUUCCCCUGACUAACUAACUAACCCUGUUUCCUCCAGGCAUCGCUGUACAGAUCCCUCCUCGGUACUGAUCCAGAAAAGAACGGAUCCUGUUCAGUUCUAAUGUACUAGUCCUGAUCCUGAUCCUGAACCGGUUCAGGUUUUAACAGUGUAAAGAUGAAAGUCAAAAGAUUAUGAACAAAAAGAUCACUUUAUAAAAAAUAAAUUUAUUUUGUACUUCAA